AUGCUCGCAGGACUGAAAAAAGUGUUCCCGUGCCUGGCCUGUGGCAAAGUGUUGUGCUCGAAAGCGAGCUUGAAGAGGCAUGUGGCCGACAAGCACGCGUCCAGACAGGAGGAGUACCGGUGUGCUAUAUGCGAACGGGUGUACUGUUCGCGCAAUUCGCUGAUGACGCACAUUUACACGUACCACAAGACGCGGCCGACGAUGCUGUUGCCGCCACCGCCGCAUCACGCGCCCCCGCCACCAGCCACCCACUCCGACGUCAAGUUCUAG